AUGGCUCAACCAAAGGGCGGCGCGUGGACAUGGCCGAAACCUGAGGAGGGCGACUUCAUCAUCAACGAUUUCCAGUUCAGCGAUGGCAACAACCUGAAGGAGCUCCGCAUACAUUAUCGCACUCUCGGCAGGUUGGAGAAAGAUGAAGACGGCAGAGCAACCAAUGCAGUCCUUAUCAUGCACGGAACCACCGGAAAUUCCGCGAACUUCUUCAAAAACGUCUACGCUGGCGAGCUCUUCAAUCCCGGCCAACUGCUUGAUGCUGAGAAGUACUAUCUCAUCCUUCCGGAUGGCAUUGGCCACGCAGGCUCCACAAAGCCAUCGAACGGCCUCCGCAACCAAUUCCCAAGGUACGGUUACCGCGACAUGGUGAGAGCACAGCACAUGCUUCUGACGCAGCAUCUGGGAGUCGAUCACCUGAGACUCGUGACUGGAACAUCGAUGGGUGGUAUGCACACCUGGCUAUGGGGUGUGACGUAUCCAGACUUCAUGGACGCUCUGUUCCCUCUAGCGAGUCUACCGGCUCAGAUUGCUGGUCGGAAUCGAAUGAUCAGAAAACAUGCUAUUGACAGCAUUCGGACGGAUCCAGGCUUCGCCGACGGCAACUACGAGGUCCAGCCGAGAGGUUUUGACGCGGCGCUUCAUGUUCUGGCUUGGAUGAGUAGUGCGCCGCACCAAUGGCAAAAGGCAGCGUCGGACCGAGAGAGUGCUGACGAGUUCAUCGAUAAUUGGAUCGAGGUUGCUGCCAUGGACAGGGAUGCCAAUGAUAUGGCGUAUGCUUUCGAUGCGAGCUAUGAUUAUGAUCCCAGACCCGGGCUGAGGGAUAUCAAGGCACCUCUUACGGCUGUCAAUUUUGCCUGCGACCAGGUCAACCCGCCGGAACUGCGUAUUUUGGAGGAAGAGAUCAAGAAUGUCAAGAAUGGGCCAAUGCCUUUCGUGGUGGAUGUCAUCAAGGCUCACAAGGACUGCUGGAAACUUCGCAAGGAGAUCGGCCGUCAACGGAGCAUGUUCUCGGUCCACAGCAGCCACGAGGAACCUGUUCUCAGGGUUGCUCCGGACGACAUGGCGAGGAGUACCAAGUAA